AAUGACAGAACCGAGACAUGCGCAGGAGGGCUUAUCGCCCUUCCUCCAUUCCCAAGGCCGUAGCGGCGCUGCCGCCAUGGUCCCCGGAUGUACCAGCUUGAAGCGCCAGGUUCGCCCCUGCAUUUGGAAUCUGUAGGAAGCGGAGCGUCUAUGUAGGGAGAGAGCAUCGGGGAGCAAGGGGUACAGAGUCAGUCACUAAGUCGUAGACGCUGUGCUCCGCUGGCGGAGGCCGCGUCCGACCCCACCCCUCCAAAUAAAAAGAGACCGGCUGUGGCUCGUCUCCUUUGUUGCCCCGGCGUUUAAGUGGGCAUUUCCCUCCCGCCUCCCUUUUCCGUUAUUGGCGUCAACCGCCCGCUCUAACCCGUGACGCCGUCGGUGGCCGAAGGAGCUGAGCCAGGAUGAGCAACUCCAGAAAUAACCGCGUGAUGGUGGAGGGCGUCGGGGCUCGGGUCGUGAGGGGGCCUGAUUGGAAAUGGGGGAAGCAGGAUGGCGGCGAGGGCCAUGUGGGCACCGUGCGCAGCUUCGAGAGCCCGGAGGAGGUGGUCGUGGUGUGGGACAACGGCACGGCCGCCAACUACCGCUGCUCGGGAGCCUACGACCUGCGCAUCCUCGACAGCGCGCCCACCGGAAUCAAACAUGAUGGAACAAUGUGUGAUACUUGUCGCCAGCAGCCAAUAAUUGGUAUUCGAUGGAAAUGUGCUGAAUGCACCAAUUAUGAUUUAUGCACGGUGUGUUAUCAUGGGGAUAAACAUCAUCUUAGACAUCGCUUUUACAGAAUAACCACACCAGGAAGUGAAAGGGUAUUACUGGAGUCUCGCCGUAAAUCAAAGAAAAUCACUGCAAGAGGAAUCUUCACAGGUGCCAGGGUAGUACGAGGAGUUGAUUGGCAAUGGGAGGAUCAGGAUGGUGGCAAUGGACGUCGAGGCAAAGUAACUGAAAUCCAAGACUGGAGUGCAUCGAGUCCACACAGUGCAGCAUAUGUUUUAUGGGACAAUGGUGCUAAAAACCUUUACAGAGUUGGCUUUGAGGGCAUGUCAGAUCUUAAAUGUGUCCAGGAUGCAAAAGGAGGAUCCUUCUACAGAGACCACUGUCCUGUGCUUGGUGAGCAAAAUGGUAACCGGAAUCCUGGUGGAUUACAGAUUGGUGAUCUAGUAAACAUUGAUCUUGAUUUAGAGAUUGUUCAGUCUUUGCAGCAUGGCCAUGGAGGAUGGACUGAUGGAAUGUUUGAAACUUUAACUACUACUGGAACAGUUUGUGGCAUAGAUGAAGAUCAUGACAUUGUUGUUCAGUAUCCAAGUGGCAAUAGGUGGACCUUUAACCCUGCUGUUCUCACCAAAGCCAAUGUUGUCCGAAGUGGAGACGCUGCUCAAGGUGCUGAAGGUGGUACCUCACAAUUUCAAGUGGGUGAUCUUGUCCAAGUUUGUUAUGACCUAGAAAGAAUUAAACUGCUUCAAAGAGGACAUGGUGAAUGGGCUGAAGCGAUGCUCCCUACUUUAGGUAAAGUUGGAAGGGUCCAGCAGAUCUAUUCAGACAGUGACUUAAAAGUAGAGGUUUGUGGAACUUCUUGGACAUACAAUCCAGCUGCUGUGUCAAAGGUGGCAUCAGCAGGCUCUGCUAUAAGCAAUGCAUCUGGUGAGAGAUUGUCCCAGUUAUUGAAGAAACUGUUUGAAACGCAAGAAUCUGGUGAUCUUAAUGAAGAGCUGGUUAAAGCAGCAGCUAAUGGAGAUGUAGCCAAAGUAGAAGAUUUGCUUAAGAGACCAGAUGUUGAUGUAAAUGGGCAGUGUGCGGGACACACAGCUAUGCAAGCUGCUAGUCAGAAUGGGCAUGUUGACAUUUUGAAGUUGCUUCUGAAACAGAAUGUGGAUGUAGAAGCUGAGGACAAAGAUGGAGACAGGGCUGUUCACCAUGCAGCUUUUGGUGAUGAAGGAGCUGUGAUAGAGGUUUUGCAUAGAGGCAGUGCAGAUCUUAAUGCUCGCAACAAACGUAGACAGACGCCACUUCAUAUUGCUGUUAAUAAAGGUCAUCUCCAAGUAGUAAAGACAUUACUGGACUUUGGUUGCCAUCCCAGCCUCCAGGAUUCUGAGGGUGACACACCGCUUCAUGAUGCAAUAAGUAAAAAGCGUGAUGACAUCUUGGCUGUACUUCUAGAAGCUGGAGCAGAUGUUACUAUUACAAAUAACAAUGGAUUUAAUGCGCUCCAUCAUGCCGCACUAAGAGGAAAUCCAAGUGCAAUGAGAGUGUUACUCUCUAAGCUCCCAAGACCAUGGAUUGUGGAUGAGAAAAAAGAUGAUGGCUAUACUGCCUUGCAUUUGGCAGCACUUAAUAAUCAUGUGGAAGUGGCAGAACUCUUGGUGCAUCAGGGCAGUGCUAACCUGGAUAUCCAGAAUGUAAACCAACAAACUGCACUUCACCUUGCUGUAGAACGGCAGCACACCCAAAUAGUGCGGCUCCUAGUUCGUGCAGGUGCUAAACUGGAUAUUCAGGAUAAAGAUGGGGAUACUCCCCUACAUGAAGCCCUGAGGCAUCAUACUUUGUCACAACUUCGCCAGCUCCAAGACAUGCAAGAUGUGGGCAAGGUAGAUACGGCUUGGGAACCAUCGAAGAACACAUUGAUAAUGGGACUGGGUACUCAGGGAGCAGAAAAGAAGAGUGCAGCAUCUAUUGCCUGCUUCCUGGCAGCCAACGGAGCUGACCUUGGUAUUCGUAAUAAGAAGGGUCAGUCACCCCUUGACUUGUGUCCUGAUCCUAGCCUCUGUAAAGCAUUGGCUAAAUGUCACAAAGAAAAAGUCAGUGGUCAGGUUGGUUCCCGGAGUCCUUCUAUGAUCAACAAUGAUUCAGAAACCUUAGAAGAAUGUAUGGUAUGUUCUGAUAUGAAGAGAGAUACUUUAUUUGGCCCAUGUGGGCAUAUUGCCACCUGUUCCCUCUGUUCACCAAGAGUGAAGAAAUGCCUCAUCUGCAAAGAGCAAGUUCAAUCGAGGACAAAGAUUGAAGAAUGUGUAGUAUGCUCAGACAAAAAAGCAGCAGUACUCUUUCAGCCUUGUGGACACAUGUGUGCUUGUGAAAAUUGUGCCAGCCUGAUGAAAAAAUGUGUGCAGUGUCGGGCAGUUGUGGAGCGAAGAGUGCCUUUCAUUAUGUGUUGUGGUGGGAAAGGUACAGAAGAUUCCACAGAUGAUAUUACAAGUGGAAACAUUCCUGUUCUGCAGAAAGACAAGGACAAUACUAAUGUCAAUGCUGAUGUACAGAAAUUGCAGCAGCAAUUGCAGGACAUAAAAGAACAGACCAUGUGUCCUGUGUGUUUGGACCGUCUGAAGAAUAUGAUAUUUCUCUGUGGUCACGGAACAUGUCAGCUUUGUGGUGAUCGAAUGAGUGAAUGUCCUAUUUGCCGAAAGGCUAUUGAACGAAGAAUCCUUUUGUAUUAAAAUGUAAAGCAUCUUAUGGUAGCCUGUCACAUUAUUACUACAUUUGGCUCAUUGAACCUUCAUAAGCUUUAGUGGCAGCUAAAGUUUAUCAUGAAACAUUUCUAAUGAUACGGAGUGUGUUGCAUUGUAAGUGGGUAGACUGACAAUACAAAUCAGUAUUUGAAUAGUAAACCUCUCCUAUCAAGAAAGCUAAACCAAGGUUAGGUUAAUUAAAAAUGCAAAUUUUUUUAUAUCUUUUGCCUUUCUCUUUCUUCCCAACCCCUUUAUGUUAAAGGGACAAUUUCUUAUUGGUAUUUUUAUUUUAUAUGUAUAAACUCUAAUUUCAGCAAUGUUAAUUUUUACCGUCAGCUGCUUUCAUGUAUAAAUAUUUUUAAUUCUCUAAAUUGUAUUUGUUUUAAGACUUUCUCAUAGUAGUGUCAGUAACUGCAAUGUAAGCCUUAUAGCUAGGUACAGGAAUUUUUAAAAAUCAGCACAAUAAAUGAUGUUUCAGUAUUUCA